AUGGCAAAAAUUAAUGAAUUGAAGUCUGAAAUGCUUCCUCACGCAUCCUAUUCACCAGAUUUAGCUGCCUCAGAUUACUUUCUAUUUCCAAACUUGAGAAAAUGGCUUGGUGGAAGAAGAUUUUUAACAAACACAAUGAUAUACGCCGAUGAUAUUGUAAUUCUCGCCAAAUCUAUAGAGGAGUUGCAAACUAAAAUAGAUUACGAACCAAUACCGAUAACGAAUGCUCUCAAAUAUCUUGAUUCAACCAUAUCGCCAAACGGGAAAAUCGAUGGGGUCAUUACUGGUUGUGUUAAUGCUGGCUGGAUGAAGUGGAGAUCGGUUACACGUAUCUUGUGUAAUAAGAAAUUCCCGAUUAAAUUAAAAGACAUUGAAGAAAAACUAUUAGAAAAGCAACUGAGAUGGUACGGUUAUGCCAUGCGUCAAGACGAGGUGUACGUUGUUCGAAAGACCCUUGACUUUCCAAUACCUAAUAGAAGGCCAGGAAGACCAUCAGCAAUAUGGCUAGGAACAGUCAAUAGAAAUAUGAAAAAGUAG